GGAAGAGGACGCGUCCCACCGGGAUGUGCUGUAGCAAUCCAGCGCUUGAGCAGCUCCCGGAGCUGGACUUGGCUCCCCACCAGUUUCCUGUUGACGUCACCUGCUAUUUCUCUGCUGCAGUUUUUACAACUGUUGAGCUUUCCAGGGUAAUCGGAGCCCAGUCCGGCCAACCUCGGCAGCUGCCGAUGAGGGAACGCGGCUCUACCUUCCCAAAUUCCCCCCUCUUGCCUUCGCUGCUGCUCCCAGCCUUGGGGACCCCCGGGAUCUGGGGGCACCCGGCGAGGAGGUGAAGCCAGCGGCUGCUUCGGGCCAUGCAUUCCCACUGAAAAGAAUCAGCGGUGCUUGCAAGAAGUGCCGUGCGCUGGAUCCUGCGGGAAUUUUUUCCCCUCCCUCCUCCAAUCCGCCCCCAUCCCUCUCUUCUGCCAGGCGUGCCGGCGCUGCUCUUCAUUUCUGGGAAACCAUGGACAAGAAGCAAGAUUCCAAAGGAUCCUUGGAGCCACACAAACCAGUGAAAGGCAAGAAGAAACGGGAUCUGAGGAUAACAUGUGUCCCCAUCAAACCACCCGUUGCCAACACAACGCCCCCAAGGAACCUGGACUCCAGGGCGUUCAUUACCAUUGGAGAUAAAAACUUCGAGGUGGAAGCUGAUGACCUGGUGACCAUUUCGGAGCUGGGCCGUGGGGCCUACGGCGUGGUGGAGAAGGUCCGGCACGCGCAGAGCGGCACCAUCAUGGCCGUGAAGAGGAUUCGAGCCACUGUGAACACUCAGGAGCAGAAGAGGUUGUUGAUGGACCUGGACAUCUCCAUGAGGACAGUUGACUGCUUCUACACAGUCACCUUCUACGGAGCCCUGUUCCGUGAGGGUGACGUGUGGAUCUGCAUGGAACUCAUGGACACCUCCCUAGAUAAAUUCUACAAGAAAGUACUGGAGAAGAAGAAAACCAUCCCUGAAGACAUUUUGGGGAAAAUGGCUGUGUCUAUUGUACGAGCUCUGGAGCACCUGCACAGUAAACUGUCUGUAAUCCAUAGAGAUGUGAAACCUUCCAACGUGCUGAUCAACAAGGAGGGGCACGUGAAGAUGUGCGACUUUGGGAUCAGUGGUUACUUGGUGGACUCUGUUGCCAAGACCAUGGAUGCUGGCUGCAAACCUUACAUGGCUCCAGAAAGAAUAAACCCUGAGCUGAACCAGAAGGGCUACAACGUGAAGUCGGAUGUCUGGAGCCUGGGGAUCACAAUGAUUGAACUGGCCAUUCUCCGCUUCCCAUACGAGUCCUGGGGGACGCCCUUCCAGCAGCUCAAGCAGGUGGUGGAGGAGCCCUCGCCCCAGCUGCCACCUGAACGCUUCUCCAAGGAGUUUGUGGACUUCACAGCACAGUGCUUAAGGAAGAACCCAGCUGAGCGAAUGAACUAUUUAGAACUCAUGGAACACCCUUUCUUUACCUUGCACAACACCAAAGAGACUGACAUGGCCUCCUUCGUGACAGAGAUCCUCGGGGAAGACUCCUAACUCCCAGCUCCCAGCUUCCUGCAGUCCCUCCAUCCCAGCUGCCCUGCAGGAGAGGGAGCCAAGGACUCAGUUCACAGUGGUUUGCACAAAUCACAAAUCGCCCUGGGGGCAUCUCUGGCCCCAUCCAGCCUCGAAAUCUUUUCUCUUUGCCCUGAGAAAAAAAUCCCCCAGGAGGAGCCUUUUGAAGCCAACACUUUCCCAGCUAAGCCAAGGACUCUGAAGGCUCAGGAGGUCCCGGGAGAGGAGCAGUGCCUGAGCAGGCAGAGGAUGCCAGAGGCCACCUCCCCUCCCCAGUACCCAGUGAACAGCACAGGGGGUUGUGUUUCUUGGCUGCUGGGGGAAGACAGGGAGGAUCAGUGCUGCUGUGCUUCCCCCACUCCUCCCCUGCCUGCCCAAAGCCCCUUCCCUGGAGUCUGGUCUCACUCACCUUCCCUCAGUGCCUGGCUCUCUGUCCCCAGGAGCCCACACAGCUUUAGGAGCUCCUGGGGCUCCCUGGGAUGCUGCUUUGUUUUAAUGCCUGGCUCGACACCUGAAGGACCCUUUGAGGCAGCAGCAGCUCGGGCAUCCCUCCCUCAGUCAGUGCUGCUCCCUUGAGAGGGGGAGGAAGGAAAAGGCAUUUUUCCAUGAGCCCACCAUGACACAAACUGCAGCCCAUGCCCGUGGGACUGCCCCCAGCAUCCAUCCCUUCCCACGUGGGCACAAGGUGAUGGAGACACAGCAGAUCCCCCGUGCUGCCUCUCCCUCCAGCCCCAGGCUGGGAGGACACAUCCCUGCUCCGGGCAUUGCCUUCCACAGCCCUGGCUGCCUCCACCUGCCCUGGCUCCCUGAGAAGACGCUGCUCCAUCUGCUUUCCAACCUGGAGCUGCUGUCAGACCUCUCACUGUGACACCCGCUCGUUCCAGAGGCCGAACUCGCACCCCUCGUGUCCCCAAGUGUCCCCAACUCCUGCGGGUGCCAGCGAGAGCCAAACCCCAGUGACCGGCCCGGGGCUGCCGACAGCUGUACAUUUGAUAUCUAUAUAUAAUGGACUUUGUAACGUGUUUCCUAGGUUUGAUCUAACUCGCUAUAAAUUAAAGCCCUUCUGUGUGGGAGGAGGGAGGAGCAGUUCCUUCUCUGCUGACAAAUCCACUGUGAAAACCUGAUGUGUUUCCCCACGCUCCCAGCCUGAGGAGCCAGGGGAGCAGGAGGGGUUUCUGGCUUCUACUGUACGUGAUCGUGGAUAAAUGCACCAGCUGUGGAUUUUGGGUUUUUGUUGUUUGGUUUUUUUGUUUGUUUGGUUUUUUUUUUUUUAAAUAAUUGAAAUUUUCCGAAGGAUUUUUUUUUCUUUUCUAAUAUAUAUUUGUGUGUGUGUAUGUGUGCUCUCUAUAUAUAUUAUAUAUUUUUAAAUCAAUGAUGAAUGUCUGGAUAUCUAUGUGGCCAGCAGAUCUGGUGUAGUAACAUUUUUCUGGCUAAAGUUGGGCAGGUGGGGAAGGGGUCACUAGAAAACACUCUGGCCUAAGAUCACUUUGUUUCUUUCUUUUUUAAAGAAAUGCAUCUAUUUUUUAACUGAAUCUUUUCAAAAUGUUAUUCCUGAAAUUCAUGCCCUGGAGGUCUGGAUUUCAGGGUGAAUUUCAAGUGUUCAGGGUCCCCUUAAAUUCAUUAUCCCCUCACUCCUGCAGUCCAGGGUUUGAUGCAGUGCCUGGGAACUGGGGUGCUCCACACUAUCCCCAUGAGCAGCUCCUGGGAAAGCUGCUUUGGGGAAAAUGAUUUUCAGUCCUUGAUGCAUCACCCAGCCACGCUUUUCCCUCUGCCAUCCCUCUGAUUCCCCCCAGCAAACCCUGAGGGAACCAGCCCAGGUGGAGCUGCACAAACCCUGUUCAGCUUUGCUUCAACCCUGAGCCCCCAGCCCACCUCUGGAUGGAAAAUAAGGAAGUGAUUGAUGUUCUCCGUGUCUUCCUCCUCCUCAUGCUGCUCUGCAAACCACCCAACACUCACCUGUACCUGCUUGGUUUGACAGCUUCAUUGCUGAGAUGUACAAUUGUAUUUUUUUUCAUGGUUACUGCAGAUUAUUUUUGUUUUGAGUUGAGCUUUUGGGUUUUCUGCCUUCUCUCUUUGUUUAACCCCUUUUCCCCUUUAUCUCACCCUUUCUUUAUUGCAUCGGGGAACAGUGUUCAUUUUUAAAAAACUUUUUUUUGCAUGCUUUUUAUUUUUUUCUGCAUUUCUCCUCCUGGAGAAAGUCCUGAUUUCUGUAUUUUGGAACAAGGGAGCAUCUGCCCUUUCAAACACAGGGGAGAGGUCUCUGGGCUGGGCUUGGGCCCCCGUGGAUGAGCUGAGGCUUUGCUGAGGGGGCAAACACACCACACCUCCCUUUGCCAUCUCCUGUGCCUCAUUCAGCACAGGUCUCAGCUGUCCAAAUCCCACGUCCCUUUUCACCCCCCUGCUUCCCUGUCCCACCUUGUUCCCUCUGCAGUGGCAGUUCCCUGCAUAGAACCAGCUUGGCUUUAAGGUGGGCGAGGAUUUUGACUCUCAUUGGAAGCCCCUCUCUCCUUGUAUUUUUGGGAAUGGUCUGUACCCCUUAACCCCUGUCCUUGUUUCCAAUAAAAUUCACCCUCAAACCUGC